GGAUCCGGAAUAAAGCCGAGUAAGAGAGGGAAAGGCUGAGAACCUGUUUUUCGGCUGCAGAGUUACGGGGCUGUGUCCCGCAACCUCUCCGGGCCUCUCGUGGCGGGGCUGGAAGGCUGUCCUGCGCUGGUAGAGUGUGAAUUUCCCGUGGGAGCUUCUUGUUCCGCUCCCAGUAUUGUUGAAGACAUCUGCACCUUCUGACUGGGAAAAGAUGGUCAACGUUUUGAAAGGAGUGCUUAUAGAAUGUGAUCCUGCUAUGAAACAGUUUCUGCUGUACUUGGAUGAAUCCAAUGCCCUAGGGAAAAAAUUCAUCAUUCAAGAUAUCGAUGACACUCACGUCUUCGUAAUAGCAGAGUUGGUUAAUGUCCUGCAGGAGCGAGUAGGUGAAUUAAUGGACCAAAAUGCUUUUUCUCUUACCCAGAAGUGAAAAUAUUAGAUAUUGGACACUUGGGAAUUACAAGAAUCAAACGUGAAAAGCUAUCCCUAUUCAGUAUCUUAAUUUGACUAUUUCGAGGAUUCCUUAGAAGCAUGUUGUGGGAAAGACUGUGAGAUCAUUUGUUCAGAUAAAACCCCUGAACUGAUUUUGUUGUUUAAAAAAAAAUGCUUACAUUUAGCCGUAAUUUGGUAAUUUGGCUUUUAUUAUCUUUUAUGAAAAUAUAAAUGUUUCUCUUAC